AUGCCUCGUCUAAACCCUCUGUUCCUCCUAUCCCUGAUAAUCGCCUUCACAGCCUACAUGCUCUCACCGACCCUCCGCGCCUUCCUCACACAAGUCACGACAACCCUCACAAAGUCCACCUCAUCUCACCCUCCAGACUCACCAAAAAUGAAGAAACCCCGGAUGCCCGUCUACUUCUUCUCCCAUGGCGGCCCAGACGUAAUGUACAACAAAGCCCAUCCAGUCUACCCAACCUUGGAACACAUCGGCGCAGAAAUAACAGCCCUCAAACCCUCAGCCAUACUCGUCUUCUCAGCCCACUGGCAGUCCCGCUCCCAAACCUCCAUCAACGUAAACUCCUCCCCCGGCCCCUCCCCCCUAAUCUACGACUUCUCCGGCUUCCCCCUCCACUACUACUCAGCAACCUACCCAAACACCGGCUCUCCCGCCCUCGCAUCCCGCGUCUGCGACCUCCUCUCUGCCUCCUACGGCCAAAACGUAACCUGCAUCCCCACCAUCGACCGCGGCCUAGACCAUGGCGUCUGGGCAGGCUUCCACGUCGCCUUCAACCCCUCCUCAAACCCCCUCAACAUUCCCCUCGUCCAAGUCUCCCUAUUCCGCUCAGAGGAUCCCGACGCCCACUACCGUCUCGGCGCCGCCCUCUCUGCCCUCCGCGACGAAGGCGUCGUCAUCAUCGGCGCAGGCAUGUCCGUCCACAACCUCUACCACAUGAGCAGCGAUCCGCAGCCCAUGCCCUAUACCGUCAGCUUCGACAAUGCGCUAAAGGAGGCGGUAGAGACGGCCAACGUCAGCGAGAGGCAGGAGAAGAUGGCCGAGGUUUGCAGACGGCCCGAUGCCAAGCAGGCUCAUCCGUACAUGGAUCACCUCAUGCCUGUUCACGUGGCUGCUGGUGCUGCGGGAGAGGACCGCGGGAAGCAGCUGUGGACCAUGAAGGAAGGCAGUUUCGCGUGGGCUCAGUACCGUUUCGGGACGGUCCCGAAAUCCGUGACAUGA